ACUCACUCGUCUCAGGCCCCUCGCUGCCGGCGCCGCUCCCAAAACCCCCUCAAGAAGCAGCGCUGCGGAGAGAAGCGGCCGGGGAUUCAUUAGCGUGGGUUUCCUCCUCGGCGAACCAUGGAUUUUGGAAAAAUGCAGCACUGGGGAGUUGUAGUCAGACCUGGAGAGACAGUGAAGUGUGACCCAGGAAAGUUCUAUUGUCAUAUGUCACAGAUAGCACUACAUGAUGGCAAGGAGAAUGAGGAUGUGAGAGUUUAUGUGAAAAUUGAUGGCAAAGAAAUUCUGAUUGGCACACUUUCAGUUGACAAAUACCCUCAAUAUGUAACUGAUUUGGUAUUUGAGAAGGAGUUUGAGUUACUGCACACCUCGAAAACCUACAACAUCUCUGCUAUUGGCUACAAAUGCAGCAAGCGUGAGAUAAAAUCCGACACUUCUACCGAUGAUGAUGAUGAAUCUGAUGAGGAGGUUCCAUUGGCUAUUCCACUAUACUUCAAUGUAGAUGAUGAUAAAGGCAAAGAAGCUAAAAGUGGUGCAGAGAAGCUUGCUGCACCAGGGCCUGCUGCUACUCGGUCCUCUAAACCAAAGGUUACCUUGGAGGAAACGAAGGAUCCUGGGAAAGGGAAACUGAAAGCUGAUGUUGGUGGCACUGACGAUGAUGACAGUGAUGAAACCGAAGAGGCUGAAUCUGGUGAUGAUGAGGAUUCUAGUGAUGAGGAUGACAGUGAGAGUUCAGAUGAAGAUGAUGAUGAAGACUCCCCAAAGAACGCUACGGGCAAGAAUAGGCCAGCAGAAACACCCUUGAUGACACCUCCAGAGAAGAAGGCAAAGAUAGCAACACCAUCUAUGGGCAACAAAACUGGCAGUGGCAUUGGUAAGAGAGGUGGCCAUGUCCAUGUUGCGACCCUUUAUCCAUCAUCGAAGAAGGUGAAGAAGACACCUUCAAUCAAUGACACCUCUAAGCAAUCCACUGGCUAUGCCUGCAAGUCGUGCAGCAAGACUUUCCACUCCUCCGUCGGUCUGGAAACUCAUUGCAUGGUGAAGCAUAGUACUCACAAGUGAGCCAAAGUAUUUCGUGGACUGUUAGCUACUCUGCUAGGCGUUGGGUGUUAAGUAACUGAAAUGUGGG